AUGGAGUACAAGGCUGAGCCCUCAAGAUCACCGCUCUCAACUUGCGGAAUUCCUGAACUUCAGCAAGCCGGCAGCAAGGCCGCCCAGCUGCUGGUUGCGGGACUCCUUGCCAAAGGCGCGGACGCGGACAAAGCAGAGGCGGCUGCAGCUGUGCUGUGCCUCAUGCUGGGCGGCUUAGAUGAGGCACACAACCUGGUAACACCGCACACCUGGGGCUCGCCCACCACCUUUGGAGGACCACCGAAGCUUGGGAGCACCGUAUUUCGGGAGGCUGCCUACUGUCACGUCAUCGUGCAUCGCAUGGAAGGUGAAAACUUGGGCGAGUUUGGAUCUGGGUUCAACAACAGCAAGUACUGGAUGGGUCAAGCGUUCUCCCUCGGUGCGAGCCAGCACCCCAUCUUCCCCCAACUUCGAGAAGAUGCAGAAGGCUUCGUUGGUGAGUGCCACGAUUCCCGCUGCCUGCUUCGGACCAUGGGACCAAAGUGGGAGCCAUCCCUCUUCAACAAACUGUGUGAGGAUGUGCUUCUGACAGAGGACCCAGCUACCAUGGAGUUUUGCAAGGCUGUUCAGACUAGAGAGCUUCAGCUCCUCUUCGAGCACAUUAUGGCUGCUCCUGAUGAUGUACAGGUGCAAAUGGAAUGA